AUGACCUUAGAUGGCUCGUGUUGUGAGAUCAAAUCUGAACCUGCUCCAACUUGUCCUGUUGGUUUUGGUAAAAAUAACUCGCCUAAUGCUACGAAAAAUAACAACGAUUUGAUGAUUCCAGCUGUUUGCCCAGUUAAAGGUGAAAAAAAUACUUUAAACCCUUUAAAUAACAUGCCUCACUUUAUCGAUACAAAAAAACUCCCUGGUCAACAGUUAGAUUUGCCAAUAGAGAGAAUUAUUUCUUCUAUUCCAAGAGGCACCAGUGAAAAUGAAGGAAACUGGGAAUAUCCUUCCCCUCAACAGAUGUUUAAUGCUAUGAUUCGAAAAGGAAAAGGUGAAGUACCUGAGGAUGCUGUUGAAAGUAUGGUUGAUGUUCAUAAUUUUCUUAAUGAAGGUGCCUGGCAACAGAUUUUAGAAUGGGAACAACCUUACAUUGAAAGAACAAAUACUUCUCCAAGAUUGUUAAAAUUUACUGGAAGACCAUCUGAUUUGUCUCCAAAAGCAAGAAUGUAUUUGCUUUUAGGAAAAAUAUUUCCAGAAACCUACAACACCGAGCCUCCAUUUGAUAGACAUGACUGGACUGUUUUAAGAAAAAAAUCAUCAUUUUUCGGUGACAGUACUUCAUUAGAAAAUGGAAAUGAAGCUGAUAAAAACGAUUGGCAGAAAGUAAGGUACGUUAUUGAUUAUUAUGGAGGUCCUGAUGAUGCCCAUGGAAUGCCAACUUUUUUCCUUGAUGUUAGACCUGCUUUAGAUAAUUUUACAAAUGCCAAAGAUAGGUUUCAACAUUGGGCUGGUCCUUUAUGGAGAAAAGCAAUGGGUGAUAUCGAAGAUGAUAAUUAAAACAUUAACAAGAAAUCGACUCUGAAAACCAAGAAUACAUUUCCAUUGUCCCAAUUAUGAUUUUAAAUUUAACUUAUUUAUUUAUUUAUUUUAAUUUUUUUU